CUAAAAUUAAUGUGUGUGUGCGUGUGUGUGCUGCGCGAUAAAAGUGUGCGUGAGUUUUUGCAAUCCGAUAAAAACCCAACCAAGUGUGUACGUAAUUUUUAUCUACUAAAUAACUAAAUAAAAUGUUGCUCUAAUUUUUAAUAAAUUAUUUAAAUAAAUAAUAUUUUAUUUAAAAUAUAUUAACGGUGGCAGUGUUAGUCCACGUGGUUAAUAAAAUACUGGAGUAUCAUCCGUACUAAGGCAUUUUAAAUUUCUAAAUCUAUAACAAAUUAACAAAACCGUCCACAACAUCAUGGAUCGGCGGAAAAUGUCAACAUCGGGAGAUUCCCUCUAUCAGAUACUAGAACUUCCCAAGACAGCAACUCCUGAAGAAAUUAAAAAAACUUAUAGAAAGUUGGCACUGAAAUAUCAUCCUGAUAAAAAUCCUAAUAAUCCAGAAGCUGCUGAGAAGUUUAAAGAAAUAAACAAAGCUCAUACAAUAUUAACAGAUUUAACAAAAAGAAAUAUUUAUGACAAUUAUGGAUCCUUUGGUCUUUAUGUUUCGGAACAAUUCGGCGAGGAAAAUGUCAAUACAUACUUUUUAAUGACUUCUGGAUGGUGCAAAGUCAUAUUUGGUGUAUGUGCAAUCCUAACGGGUUGUUACUGUUGUUGCUGUUUCUGUUGCUGUUGCAACUUCUGUUGCGGUAAAUGUAAACCCGUACCACCGGCAGACAGUGGAGACUAUCAUAAUUUACAGGGCCAGAAUUCAGGUGAUCCUGCUAAUUCAGACCAUGGUUUACGUAAGGGCGACGACAGUGAUGAAGAAGCGGUAACAAGCCAACCUACAAGUGGUGCAGCACAAGGUUCUGCUUCAAAUACUGUAUUCGCUAUGCCACCACCGCCAUCGACAACUGCUAACGAAAGUACGAAUUUAAACAGCGGGGGAGAACGCGUAGUUUAUACCACCACUACAAAUCCUUUCGCAGCAGCAACUGUAAAUCCAGUUACAAAUCCAUUUGCAGCAGGUGCAGACGCUACUGCAGCCUCUGCUGGUACCAAAUGGUAGUAAGGAAUCAAUAUAAAGAAAUAAUUAUUAAAAAUGAUUAUAAAAUUUGGACAUUAUAGAGGUCAUAAAAAAUUUGAAAAUUUUUAUUAGACAUCUGUCCUACUUAUUAAUUAUAUUAAUUGGACACUCGAUAAUAUAAAAGAAAUUCAUUAUAAUAACAAACAAUAAUAAUAAUAACAAAAACAAUAAUUAUAAUAAUUAUAACAACAUUCAAUUUAUAAUAUUUAAUAAUCAUUAAAUCGUAUUAUCAACGACACAAUUCAUAACUUGAAAGGAAAAUUAAAAUAAUAUUAAAUUUGUCAUUAAUAUAAAUAAAAUUAACGUGUAUAUUCAAAAACAAAUAGUCUAAAUUUGAAAAAAAUGAUUUAUUUAUAAAAUCAUUUUAUUAAAUUUAAAUCACGAUGGCAUUUAUUUUUUAAUUGAUAUUCAAAUUUUUUUUUAUUAGUAAUUAUUAUUAAUGGUGUGUUUGGACCCCCGCCUCGGCGCACUAGAGCGCCCGCCAUUUACCCGAGAAAAUUAAAAUUCAUAAUUCAAUUAUUAGAAAAAAAGUUAAUUACCAAUAAAAAAAUUUUAUAAAUUAUCUACUGCGCUAAUUGGGGGCACUGUCUGAGAAUAGUCUUAAAAAAUAUAUAAAUAAAAAUCGAUUUUAUCAUACGAUCUGUCUGCAGUAAAUGUGCGUGUGUAAAUUGUGUGCAUGUAGCAUAACAAAAUUGAUUUUUAUUAAUUAUUAUUAUUUCAAAAAGUAAGUAAAUAUUAUUACUUUUAGGUAUAAUACGUGACUUAUUAGUGAAAGUUAAUUAAUUUAUGGCAUACAUCUAUUAAAAAGUAAUGAUUGGUCAAAUUGAGAAUUGGUAUCUUAGAUACUGAUUUUUCAAGCCGAAAAUUGCAAAAGUUACUAACUUUUAUUUUAUAAAUUCGAUAUCACUGAUCAAUUAUUAGCUUAAAAUAUCAUUUAUUCAUCAUUAUAAAUAAAUUAACAAUAUACAUAAAUCGAAUAAGUGGUAAAUAAUAAAACGAAAAAUUAGUAUACUAGAUACUGAUUUUUUGCUCAUAAAAAUACCGAAAAUUUUUAACUCUUAUUUUAUAAAUUCUGUCCCAUUGACUAAUAAUUAAUAUAAAAUGUUAUUUAUUCGUUAUUAUAAAUUAAUUUAUCAUAUACAUAAAUCGAAUAAGGGGUAAAUUUUUAAAAUUUUUCUAUGUUUAUUUGAAUAGUGAUAAAUAACUGUAGAUACCAAAUUAUCGAUUCUUUUUUAUAUUAAUUUUACGAAAUUAGAAAUUUUGCUUUUCUAUGUGUAUCAAAUUUUGAUAUAAAUAAUUUUGUCAUAUAUAAUGAUCCUGGUUUGAUAUUAGUAUACAAAUAUACUAAUUUUGAGUCAAAAAUAAACUACAAACUAUUAAAAUUUUGAGCAUCAUUUUUUUCCGUGUAUAUGAUUAAUCAUAAUCAUACAUUAAGAUUCGCUUACUUGAAUUUCACUUUAAUCGAAAUAUUUGAUAAUUCAUACAUUGUUUUUUAUUGGUAAUUAACUUUUUUUCUAAUUAUUUAAUUAUGAAUUUUAAUUUUCCCGGGUAUGCGGGGGCACCCGAGUGAGCCGGGCGGAGGGUCCGAACACACCAGAAGUGUUCAUUUUUUUUUUAUUUUGAAAAACUGAUUAAUUUUUAAAUUAAAAAAUCAAUAAUCAAUUGAAGUUUAUUUAAGAAUUAAAAAUAUAUAUUAAGAUAAAUUAAUCGAUUGUUGUACUUAAAUUAUUUCGAGUGUUGUUUGAUUAUUGAAAUAUAUUUAUAAUUAUAUAUAUAAAUAUUAUAUAUUUUCUUUUUCAAGUAGAAAAGUAAGUUUGUAUCAGAUGAAUGUUAAUAAUCACAAACAAGAAAAAAAAAAUCUAACGCACUUAAAAUUGAGAGCUUAAUGAAAGCCACUAAUUAACAAUAAUUAUUAAUUGUUUAAUUGAAUUAUUUUGAUGAAAUUGAAUUUAAAAUAAUAAAACAAUGCCUAAGGUGCCAUUUUAAAUAAUAGUUUUCAUAUAAAAAAAAAAUAAAUAAAUAAACUUAUACACUUUUAUUUCCUAUUAACUUAUUAAUUUAUUUAUUUAAUUAAUUUGGCAUUUAUGUUAUUUAAGCAUUUAAUAUAUAUUUUAAUGAAUCGAUAUCCUUAGAUAGUUUAAUGAUAAUAAAUCUUUUUAAUUAAAAUGAGUGAUCCAUAUAUCCUUAUAAAUCCAAAAUAAUUAUAAUAAAAAUAUGAAAAUUAAAUAAAUUUAAAUUUAAAUAAAAAAAGACACUUCCAAUGCUUUUUAUCAGUGUGUUUAAAUAUAUAAUUAUUAUUUGCAUUGUUAUAUUUAAUAAUCAUAGACAAGUGUUUUAAUAAGAAAAAAAAAAAAAAAAAAAAAAAAUCAAACAA